AUGGAGCUCUUCGUCGACGUUGUCACGACGACCGACGAGAACUUUUGCGCCCUAUGCACCAACGAGAAGGACGUCGGCAAAUAUGGCAAUCCCCUCCACCACAAAGCGUCAUCCUUCCAUCGUGUAAUCCCCAAUUUCAUUUGUCAGUGCAGUGACUUCACUGCGGGUAACGACGGCAAGUCGAUCUAUGACGCCAAGUUUACCGACGAGAACAUCAUGAGAAAGCACACCGGGACCUGUCGAUGGCGAAGGACGAAGUGGCUUGACAACAAGCACGUGGUGUUCGGGCAGGUGGUGGAGGAGUACGACAUAUUGAAGGCGGUGGAGAAUGUCGGGUCAGGGAGCUACCGGACCUCGAGACGGGUG